UAUUAGCUAGUCUAUGGUACUAAUUUUGACAACUCUCGAAUGUCAAAAUAAAUAAACUUUCCAAACACAUUUCUUCUAAGAAAUACAUGUUUAGAUAUUUUAAAUAACUACGCUAAGAGACGUGAUAUAUAGAGAGAAACGUGAUAUUUACUUUAAAUACUAUGCCAGCUUCAACUGCGUAUUCCAUAUUACUAAAGAAAGAAAAUGCUCACGAAGACCCUAUUUACUGCUGUGCAUGGGCUAAGACGGCUACUUCUGGAGAUCCAAAAGCACCUACCAAAGACUUCAUUGCUACAGGUGGCCUAGAUGGCCUAGUGAAGGUGUGGCUAUUUGAGAACAAUAGGUUGGAACUAGUGCACUCUCUAGCGGGGCACUCCAUGGCUGUGGUUUCUGUUGCAGUCAGCUUUGACGGUCACACCCUGGCCAGUACAUCUCUGGACUCCACCUUGAUAAUCUGGGAUUUGCUGAGUGGUCACAAAGUCCAUGAGGUCCAGAACAGUGGCACAGACAUUUGGAAGGUGGCAUUUUCUCCCGAGGGCCACCACAUAGUCACUGGGAGUCAUACUGGGAAGCUUGGGAUCUAUGGCAUUGAGAAAGCAUCUUUAGAGUGUGUUUUGGACACUAGAGGGAAAUUUGUUUUGAGUUUGGCUUGGAGCCCCGACGGCAAGUACAUCGCGAGCGGCUCAACAGAUGGCGCUGCCUGCCUCUUCGACGCGGCGCAAGGCAAGCUACUGCACACCAUUCAAGCUCACACACAGGCAGUGAACACAGUAACGUUCUCAGCAGACUCUUCGCUUCUUCUCACCGCCUCGUCCGAUGGAACAGUGCACACAUACAAUGUUGCGAGCGGUAGCCUGCAAAGCAGUAUGAAACUCGCAUGCAGAGCGGCGUCGGCGGCCGCGAGUUCAGACGGGCGCGCCGCCGCCGCCGCCGCCGACGGCGCCGUAAGAGUCGCGAGCCUCGAUAAACUACAAGACCUACAUGUCUUCAAGGAGCACACGGGAGCUGUGUGCGGCGUACAAUUCAACCCCGAAGGCAACCAGCUUCUCUCAGUGUCAAAGGACAGAAGUAUUAACAUCUACGAGUGCCCACCGCCGCCUAAAAGUGCUGCUAAGAAGUGAUCAAGUAAAUUAUAUUCCUAUCUCUUAAUACCUA